AAAUCAUCACUUGUGAAACUGGUGUAUCAGGAAGUUAUAGAGGAAGGGUGUAGAGGAAGCCUCUAUAUAUUAAACAGUCUUCAUCUAUGUUCAUACUACUGUUUAAUAUUUUGAUAGUAUUUAGAUUUUGACAACAUGCAGAUUGAAAUUGUGACAACAGCAUGUUCACAAGCGGAAUCACAAUGUGUGUAUACGAUGGAAAAUGUGAUAGACAAAAUGGCAAGAUUAGGAUUGAAGCUUGAAACUAUAGAGAAAAGACUGGAGAAAAUUGAAUCUCGGCAAGACGCAUUGAGCACGGACAGUCUUGAUGCAUUGAGAACACCAAUGGUUGUUUUUCGAAUCCAGCUGAACAAAUACCUUGGUAGGGUUACCACAGGCACAGUAAUAAAAUUCGACCAAGUUGACCUUAAUCUAGGAAACGCAUAUAAUGACGGCUACUUCACGGCCCCUUUUAAUGGGACAUACAUAUUUUCAAUGGUUCUAGGGAAUCCAAGCGGAAAACAAGGAGCUUUCUUUAUGAGAAAGAAUGGUGUUGGAAUAGAAUAUGCUAUAGCAGGGCACACAACUGGGUGGAAUAUUGGUGGCGUGUCGACAGUUGCCUUCUUGGAUGUAGGUGAUCGUGUAUGGGUAACUGGAGAAGGUCACGUGUCAGGGGCUAAUGCUGAUCGAUAUCACACUGGUUUUUCUGGCAUGCUUGUAAACUCCUACUAAAUGAAGUUCUACGCAAAUUAUUUUAAGAAAUAAAAAAGGAACAUUCCGAAAUUACACUUAGUAGUUCAUUUAAAAUAUUUUAUCAAGAUUUCUUUGUUAAUCGUGUACGCUGCUUGAACCAGUUCGUAAACACAUGCCAUAU